AUGACGAGCCGCGACGUGCGCGACAUCCUCGAGCUCGGUGCAGCUCCCACCCCCGGCCUCCAGCCCGCCGCCUCGUCGUCUCGACCCUCGGGUCCGCCAGGUCCGCCCGCCAAGCGCCUCGGCGGCAUCGCCCGCGAGCUCUUCGCCCUCAUCGGCGACAACGCCCCGACCCUCGCCCUCGCCCAGCCCGUCAAACCAAAGUUCAAGGAGCGCACAAAGCAGCGCGACCGCGCACCGGCCGUCCGCUGGCACCACGUCGGCUUCACCGUCCCCUCGCGCGCCCACCCGGCCGUCGGCGUCGAGGCCGACCGCUCGCCCGCCGAGCACGACGCCCGCAAACGCCUCGUCCUGCGUCACUGGGCCAAGGACCUCCCCGCCAACUACGUCGACGGCCUCCCCGACACCAAGUUUGCCAAGUUCAACACGAGCAGCCAGCCCUUCUCGUACACGCCCGACGAGUACCACCGCUGGCUCCAAGUUGACGGCUGGAGCAAGGACGAGACCGACCACCUGUUCCACCUCGCGCAGCUGUACGACCUGCGCUUCAUCGUCAUGGCCGACCGGUGGGAGCUCUCGCCUGCACGAGACGUCGACGCCCUCAAGGACCGCUACUACGCGUGCUGCCGCGCCCUCGCGCAGAACCGACCCGGCCCCGAGCUGUCCGACCCGGUCGAGAAGGACAAGGCCGACAAGGCGCGCGCCGAAGCCGUCGCCGUGUUCAACUUUGACCUCGCUCGCGAGCUCGAGCGCAAGGCGUACCUGCGCUCGCUGCUGUCGCGCACGGCGGCCCAGAUCGCCGAGGAGGACUUCCUGUACCUCGAGUCGCGCCGGAUCGAGCAAAACUACCACCAGGUCGCCGCCGAGCGCGCCGAGCUCCUGCACCUCGUCGGCGGGCGCGAGGGCGUCGGCGUCAGCUCGAGCGGUGGCGUGCAGCUCGGCGUCGGCGGCGGUGCAAAGGGCGCGAGUGCGGCGGCGAGGGAGGCGGACCGCAAGAGGAAGGGCGGACCUGGGUGGGACUAUGUCGGGAGCGCCAACGCGCUGCCCGAGGGGUGGGCGGGCGAGGGGAGCAAGCGCAGGGCGACGGCGGCAGAGGAUGCUGCGCUCGGCGUCGAGCGUCACCCGGCGCCGACCGUCGCGGCGCCCAAGGCGUCCAUGUGGCCGUCGAUCGCGGUGCGGUCGUCGCGGCUCGCGCCCGUCAAGUCGGGCAUCGCGGCCAAGGUGUCGCUCGCGCUCGCCGAGACGGGCAUCUCGACGCAGCUCGUCAUGCCGACCAAGGCCAACCUGGCCAAGCUCGACGACCUCCACUCGGCGCUCGGCCAGAUGGUCGAGCUCAAGAAGGCCGUCGACCGCAUCCAGGCCGAGAUUCGCCUCGUCAAGAAGCGCAGGGCGGCGCUAAGGGGCGAGAGCGAGGACCCGGCGACGGCGAGCAUCAAGGCCGAGGACGACGACGGCGACAAGGGCGCGGCGGCGAGGAACAAGCGCAGUGCGUCGGUGGCGUCGUCGACGGUGUCGACCAAGCGGGCGCGGCACUGAGCUGGAGGGACGAGGACGAGGAGGGCGAGGGCAAGAGGGUGGCGCAGCUUGGCGUAGCAGUUUGUGGGCCUGCACAGCCUUGUCGCACGCGA